GCUUGACGGCAGCAUCGCGAAGUGUCGCGCUGCCGCUUUGCGGCCUGGCUCCGGAGCGGGGCGGCGCGGGAGCUGGAUGCCCGGCGGCGGAGGCAGCCCGGCGCCCUGCUCGCAGCUGGGCGCGGAGGCGGCGCCCGGGGAGGCGGCGGCAGGCAGCAGCGGCGGCGGUGGCAGGAUGAGCCUGUCGCCCAAGGAGCUGUCGAGCCUGCUGAGCAUCGUGUCGGAGGAGGCGGGCGGCAGCUCGUUCGAGGGGCUCUCGGGCGCCUUCCACCACUACUUCGGCAAGGCCGAGCACUUCCGCCUGGGCUCGGCGCUCGUGCUGCUGCUGCAGCAGCCCGACCUGCUGCCCAGCCCGCCGCAGCGCCUCACCGCGCUCUACCUGCUCUGGGAGAUGUACCGCACCGAGCCGCUGGCCGCUAACCCCUUCGCCGCCGUCUUCGCGCACCUGCUCAACCCCGCGCCCGAGCGCGGCGGCGAGGCCGAGCGCACCCCGCUCUCCGGUUUCUUACCUCCCAUAACUCCCUCAGAAAAAUUCUUCCUUUCCCAACUGAUGUUGGCACCACCUAGGGAACUCUUCAAAAAGACUCCUCGUCAGAUUGCCUCACUGGAUGUGGGAAGCAUGGCCCAGUCGGUAGAUAUAAGUGGACUUCAGCUAGCACUAGCAGAGCGUCAAUCUGAGUUGCCAACACAAAGCAAAGCCAGCUUCCCCAGCAUUCUCAGCGAUCCUGACCCAGAUUCCUCAAAUUCUGGGUUUGACAGCUCUGUUGCCUCCCAGAUCACAGAAGCUUUAGUGAGUGGACCAAAACCACCUAUAGAAAGUCACUUUCGACCAGAAUUUAUCCGACCACCACCUCCACUCCAUAUUUGUGAGGAUGAACUGGCUUGGCUAAACCCAAUAGAGCCGGAUCAUGCAAUUCAGUGGGAUAAGUCGAUGUGUGUUAAAAACAGCACUGGAGUAGAAAUCAAAAGAAUCAUGGCUAAGGCUUUCAAAAGUCCCUUGUCUUCUCCACAGCAAACACAGCUCCUUGGAGAAUUGGAAAAAGACCCGAAGCUAGUUUACCACAUUGGCCUCACUCCUGCAAAGCUGCCAGACCUAGUGGAAAAUAAUCCUUUAGUUGCUAUAGAAAUGUUGCUUAAAUUAAUGCAGUCCAGUCAGAUAACAGAGUAUUUUUCUGUUUUGGUCAACAUGGACAUGUCAUUACAUUCAAUGGAAGUUGUAAAUCGGCUUACUACAGCAGUUGAUCUUCCUCCUGAAUUUAUUCAUCUGUACAUCUCCAAUUGCAUAUCUACCUGUGAACAGAUUAAGGACAAAUAUAUGCAGAAUCGCCUGGUACGUCUAGUUUGUGUCUUCCUUCAGUCUUUGAUCCGAAACAAAAUUAUUAAUGUACAGGACUUGUUUAUAGAAGUACAAGCAUUUUGUAUUGAAUUCAGCCGGAUACGGGAAGCAGCUGGCCUUUUCAGGUUGCUGAAGACACUGGAUACUGGGGAAAACCCCUCAGAGACCAAAGCUUCAAACAUGAAUGCUGUUAUAAGUAUCCCCAAGACAUGAAAUGGAGACUCACAAGACUUCAGCUGAUAACUCCUUCAGGCUUCUGAUUGAUGAUCCUCACAGUCCUGAUUAAUCAAUGUUCAACUUUGUGUUGAUAAGGAUGGAGAAGCCUCAGAUGAGACAGUUCUGGAUAUACUGAUGACCUUGUUUGGAGGCAUAGUGGUUCCUAUGAAUCAAGGGGAGGUGUGUGCAAAUGGUAUUGCCAGUCAGUAAAUAUUCCACUCCAUUUGAUUCUUAUAAAAUAAAGACAGCAGAAGGUGCAAUAUUUGUCUUGACAUAAGAAAGGUAAACCCUGGUAGUUGUUCCAUUAGAUCUUAAAUUAAUGAUGUUCCUACCAUGAAGAGAGGCGAAUCAGGAAUAUUUUUUCAAAAUAUUUCUCUUUGAGGUUCAACCAUUCACUCUACUAACUAAAUGCUCAAUUUUUUUCUUUAUUUCUGGAACAUUCAUUCUAAAAUUAAAAACAAAACAUAAAACACAACAUGCACACACCACGUCAAACAACUUACUGCUGCAACUGAACCACAACAGAAAUUUUAAAAGUGCAUAUUUUCUUAAAAACAUUCCAAAUACAUGUUAACUUAGAAACAAAAUGCACUUUAAAACACAUGUCUAGCAGGAGACACCAUUUUAAGCAACCUGCAGUAGCUACUUACAAAAAAGUUUGAGGAAUGUACCACGUCAUUUAUAACAUGACAAUACUAAAAUCCUAAGAAGUCAUUUAACACUAUAAAGACAGUGUUGUAAAUGUACAUAAUUCUUUACAAAAUGAAUUUAGCAUUGCCUUAUACCAUCUACAGCAUGCAAGUAUCUGAAUAGGAGAAUAAAAUCCUCUACAUCUUCGUUUUA